CGUUCGCUUCGCAAAUUUGGGCGGAUUUGACAAUACAAGUUCGUUUGUCGAGUUGCAAAAAAGCUGUCGUCUCCGAGCAUGGAGACGGACGAGCUGCUUAAGGGGCUGUCGCUCCAGGAGAAACUCGCCUAUUUCUUCUGCUCGUAUGUGCACGAGGAGACCGUAGAUCCGGAGGUAGACGGCGAUGCCGUGCGACGCUGGGAGAAAAUCAUGGCGUCGCGCCGCAAGUCUCGAGAGCGCGUGUGCAUCCUGCUGAACCAGAUGGAGAACACGUCGGCGGUCAACGUGCGCACACUGGAUAAGAGCUACCGUGCCAAGCGCGAGUUGUUGCUGCUAUCAGAGGGCACGCUUCGUACGGCGGUCAGCAGCGGUGUAUCCUCGUCGGGCCGCGGGGGUGUCCUAGCCCAAAUGGAGAUUGCUAAGGCGAACAACGAGCUGCUGCAAGAGUGCGGCGCUCUCACGGUAUUCACGGAGCGUCUUCAGCGCUCAAUCCACGCAUUCCGAGGCCUGAACUUCCAGCAUUUGGAUUUGGACCAGGUGGACUCGCUCAUCAACGACCUCCAGCAGGAUAUGGUGCUAGUGUAUCUGCUGAUUGUCUUUAACGCACACAAGAAGAAUGCCGUGUUCGACCGACAGCUCAUGAUGAUCGGUAUCACGGGCCCAUCGUACUCGCUGGUGUCCAUUCUGGACUGCCUCAGCCAACUUAACGUGCUCCCCGGCUUCCCCAUCAAGAGAUUGCUAUUGCUCUUUUACGAGUGGUUCUCUGCUGUUAUGGGUGGAUUCGACGAACUUAACGCAUUGAAGCGACUGCGUCGUGAGCGGAGCGACAUUGACCCUUCUAUUUUAAAGGAUGACGCUGAAGGUGUGCUACACUGCAAAACGUUCAAGCCAUACUACGACACGAUUCAGCUGGAUCCACAGGACCCGUACUACCUUCAGAAGAAGAAGUUCGCGAAGAAGCGAGAGGUGAUCCACAAUAAGUACCUGCACAGGGCCAACUAUGAGCUCAAGUCUCAGCAGUCUAGUGAUGUUGAUCUUGCUACGAAGCCUCUCGACACUCUCGAUGACGAAUGGGAAGUGCGUGUAGAAGCGCUCUAUCAGCUCUUCCUGCCCUGCAUGCGCGACUACACUACAUUCCUCGGUAACCUCGUGACCCUGUCUUGUGGCAGCGCGCUAAACGCUCGUGAUAAGAAGACUUUCUACUCUCGACGACCCUCGGGCGCGGACCAAUACGGUAUGACCGACUUCUCUGCUCCUGGCAGUGAGAACAGCAACGAUAAUCAGUUCUGGAAGUGGAUACUUCGCGAGAAAGCAAUCGUUUUGGACGUGUCAAACUUGAUCAUCUUGCUGAUUUACAAGCACUUUCGCGCAAGUCAUGCGUGUAAGGCAGAGUACUUCAUGCAGUUUUUCUUGGAGGCCAAUGUGCUGGCAACGCUGACCAAAUUCAUGAACAAGGAUAUUGGCACGUAUCUUCAGGUAUCUCGCCAAGAGUCUGAUGAAACUAAGACUGGGUUCUAUGCACUCGAAAAGGAGUUAGACAAGCGCACCAUCCGCUUUGAGGAAGACAUGAACGAGUACUCCAUUCAGUCUACCAGGACGAUCACGAGCAUUCUACGAAUUUUGCAGAAGCUGACCAAGAGGAAACCCAACAUAAUCAAAAAUGCUCUCUGCCGAGGGCAAACGAUUGUCUGGCUGAAGCGUGUGGUUGCUUUGCAGAUUCCGCUACCGCGCUUGUAUGCUCUUAAGCUGGUGAAGUCGCAAGCAAAGUAUUUAGGCCACCAGGUUUGUUGUUAAAUAUUUGGAGCGCUUAUCUAAGAUAGCAUUUAUGGGCUGUGCGCGAUGAAUGCUUAUUAAUUUUUGUUUUGUUUCGUUGUACAGUGGGUGAAGAAGUACACGUGUUUCAGCAUGCUCACCGAGAUAUAUCUUCACGUGCGACCGGAGCUCGACGAUGACUGGUUGCAUUAUGAGGAUGACGACUUGAACAAGCCUCCGUCCCAGGAUUCCGUCGAGCGGAUCAUCUUUGGCGAAAUGCAGGCGUAUCACCACAAACACUACUUCGAUUCGCCAUUUGGAGGUGGCAAACCGCUUCCUGCUGGGGCUUCGAUGAUUUGCGAGGACCGGAAAGAGCUGAACUCGGACUUGUUCAUCUCCGACGGCGGACGUUUGGCGAAGAUGUACAGCGCCAUUAAGUUGGAUCCUGUCAACUUCUGCAAGCAAUAUGAAAAGUGGCUCGACGCUGAAAACCUCAAACAUGAUGCUACGGCCGACACAGCACCACUUCCGAUUUCAUUCGAGUGAGGAAUGGCAACAGUACAUGUGUCUUUACACACGUUCAAUGCUUACCAAUGAAGGCUGGUCUUUCACGCAAACAUUAAUUCCCAUUUAUUUUCUGUUUUUCUUCUUGUACUAAACAAAUACUAAUAAAGUCCUGAGGAUGGCGAAGCAAGUACGCUGCACUUUGCUGAAUGUGCACUUAAUGAGCAGAGCGCUGUGCAGAGGAAAUCUGGUAGACGAGCAUCAUAGUGGAGUACUUUGCGCGUCGGAAGCUGUCGAACUGGUAGUGGUGCUCUUCAC